AUGUGUCUGUUUCUUGAUCUCCCGUUUGAGCUCCGAACGCUCAUCAUUGAGAAUGUGCUCUACACCCCGCUCAGCCCGCCUCAGACUCCUCUUCAAUCAGAUGGAAUCGAAUACAAUGACCUUAGAUAUAAGGCAUGGAUUAGCAGAGGUGGCAGUGCAUGUUAUAACCAGCAGAGCAAGCCCAACCCCUCAAACUGUCUGCCUCUUCUUCUCACAAAUCGUCAAAUUUUGACCGAGACCCUGGUGAUCCUUGGGCGGAAGAAAGUCGACUAUAUUCUUGACAUAUCAGUCAAGGAUGACUUGCAACUCUUUCUGACUUGGCUGUCAGUGCCAUGCCUUACAACCCACAUAUCAACCCUCUACGCGAAUGUACGUCUUUUCGGUCACAUCAUCGACAAGUGCACCAUCCGUGCCCAACUCGGCGAUGGCGGCCGGCUAGGCUUCCACUGGUCCUUCUAUGCGGCAUUAGAGCGAUUUCUCCGCUAUGGUCCCGUGGGAGAAAAAAAGCACAAAGCAGAAGACCAGUCUUCUGGAUAUCCUCGAAACACGAAGGAAUUCGAGGACCGGGAGAUGGUGAUCGAUACACUUGUUCUCGACUUCCAGUCUGCGGAAAUGGAACUUUCCUUCCCACCAGAAGAUGUCACAUACAAAAUUUGGUCGGAGCGGCAUUGGGGUCUGGAUCGGGGAGACCGGAGCGAGGCUUCAGAGGCAUUGUCAUCCCAUAAAACGCGCCCGGAGUGGCUCUGUGAAUAUCUGGAGGCCUGGAUAAGCGGUCUUCUUUAUAUGAGUUAUCAUACUUCCGAAUUCGGGGAGCCUCUCUAUGAGCGUGUUGGAACAAUCCGGAUGCUUGUUGAUGGACAACUAUAUCGUGAAUUUGAUCUUGCAGCUUGGUUAGCUCGCCUACGUUUUACCAAUCCAACCUCUAUGAUGGGUCAUUUACCCACGGAUGACAGACAGCCUGGAUUUUGGAAAUGGAAGAAAGAGACAUUGCUGAGAAGGGAGGCCCAAGGGUUUCCUGUGAUAUGGCCAUUGGAUGAUGAAUUAGGACGAAGAGAGGUGUGA